AACCGGGCUGGUUACCUGUAUAUAUAACCCGUCGCUAUGGAGUGGCAGUCAGUGUCGCAGCAUUGAGCGGAGAGUCAACUUGUCUUGAGUAUCUCCGUUGUUAAGAUGAGGGCGUGGUCGUGUGUGGUAGCGGUGGUGGUGGUGGUAGUAUCUGAGGCCCAGGCUGAUGACGACAGCCACGACACUAAGAUCUUCCAUCAGAACCCAACCUUCGCACAUGACGGUGAAGUGGUCGGUGUGUCCAGUGCCAGCGGUGCCUUGUUCCACCGCCCCGGGGGGAGUGGUACUAUACUGGACACCGUCGGCAACAUCAUCAAGGAACUUCAGCCUGGACGUUACCCGCCUGGACGUUACCCGCCUGGACGUUACCCACAGCCUGGGAUUUACCCACCACCUGGGCCUUACCCACCACCUGGGCCUUACCCACCACCUGGGCCUUACCCACCACCUGGGCCUUACCCACAACCUGGACCUUACCCACAACCUGGACAACCAAUAAUCGGCCACCACCCAAGCCAAGGCUGCCAAAAAUGCCAAGAUUCACAUGGACAUUUAGUGUGCUGUUCUCAGUCGAUUCAACAACAUCGGUGCCCAUCUUCAUCACAUUAUUGUGGUUCGGGCCACACCUCACACCCGCCCCACUGUCACACCGACGGUGAGUGUAGUCACGGAAGCUCGUGUUGUUCAGAUAGAUGCUUAACCUACAAAAUCUGUAAGUACACUGGCAAUAAUAACGGGUAACAAGGGAAGGCUAUGCUUCUCCGGAACUGGGCACGACAGUGUCAUUAUAGGAACUGUCUCACGACAACCACCAGUUUCCAACACUGUGAUUUAAAAAAUACCGUCUUGCAUUACAUUGGAUAAACUGAGGCAGCUGUCUUCUCCAACAGAGUUACCGACAUGUUAAGUUUUGUUGUUGUUUUUUAGAAUUUAUUCCCCACAGUCUGAGUUAUAAGUCUCAAAAGGAAAAGUGAAAGAUAUAAGACAAGAUAAAUUCAGUUCCACUAGUAAAAUACAGUAAUGGUGACGAUGUUCUGGCACAGUUGUCGGGAACUGUAUCACGUAUUGGCCGAGACGUAAACACAAUGUUCAGAUAACCUUUUUCACAGUUGGCCCUUUUGUAAGAGGAAAAAAUAUUUCUAAUACUUACUCAACUUUUUUAUGUUUAAAGCUGAUUUUUUUAGUUGUUGUUGUUUAUUUAUUUGUGUUCGUGUUUUAUUUGAGUUUUAGGUUGUGAAACUGUUAUGCAAUAAAUUGUUGUUGAACUUGG